CUCGCUCUCAGCCUUCCCGCGUUCUGCGGGGUAGGGGUUCAUCAUGGCUGUUUGCGGAGCUCAGGCAUCUGUCUCCGAGCAAGCCUGGCUUGAGUCUGCCCAGACCUUCAUCCAAGCGACCCUUUUCCCGGCUGGCCAGGAGCCUAACAAGCAGUUGACUCUGUCAGUAAUUGAUUGUGUAAAGAAGACGUGGCUGUCCCAGAGGGAGAAUCGGGAUUUUACACUGCCCCUGAGCUACAGCUUUGUUUCGGUACAGAAUCUCAAGACCCAGCAGUCUCUCCCGUGCUGCAGUCACUUGUCCUGGAGCACUAAUGCUUACCAGACUUGGUCCCAAGGAGCUGGGUCAGGGGGCAGAGUCUUGCCCCGGCAACAGUUAUUACUCUUAGGGACACUAAUAGACCUAUCUGGGGAUUUGGAGCAAGAGUGCAGGAGUGGAGGCCUGUACGUGAGAGAUAACACCGGACUCUUGGGCUGUGAGCUUAUAGAUCUAGACCUUUCUUGGUUGGGCCACCUCUUCCUGUUCCCCAGUUGGAGUUACCUCCCUCCUGCCAAGAAGAACUUGGUGGGGGAAGGGCACUUGGAGCUGUGGGGUGCACCUGUGCCAGUCUUUCCUUUGACCACCAGUCCUGGCCCUCUCUCUCCUAUCCCUGUCCUCUACCCGGCAAAGGCGUCCCGCCUGCUCAGACACAGGUAA